GGCUGCCCGCGGUCCCGAGCCAGCGGCGGCGGCGGCGGGGCACCGGGCACCGCGGCGGGCGGACGGGCGGCAUGGGGGGCGCGCCGAGCGGCCCGGGCGGCCGGGCGGGCACCACCGCGGCGUCCCUCCGCUAGAGGAGGGGACCAAGCCAAUUCUCCUUUGCAGAAAAAAAAAAAAAAAAAAAAAAAAAAAGAAAGAAAAAAAAAAGAAAAAAAAUUUUUUACAUGUAUAUAUUACCAAGAUAAUAUAUACAUCUGAUUUUAUUUUUUACAAAAAGUUUAUUUUGCUCCAGUUUUCAAAAAAGAAGGAGCGUGGGUGGCAGGCGGUUUUUAUAAAUUCCCCUUAUUUUUUAUUAUUUGUCUCCGUCCUUCCCCACCCCCUGCUGAAGCGAAAAUAAGGGCAGGGACCGCGGCUCCUACCUAUCGGUAACCCCCUUUACCGGUUCCUUCCCCUCCCUAACGUUGAGCAUAGUGCCCUGCACACAGUAGGCGCUCAAUAAAUGUUCCUGGAUGAUGAUGAUGAUGAUGAUGAAAAAAAUGCAGCAUCAACGGCAGCAGCAAGAGGACCACGCGAACGAGGUAAACUAUGCAAGAGGCACCAGACUCCCUAUUUCUGGUGAAGGACCAACUUCUCAGCAGAACAGCUCCAAGCAAACUGUCCUGUCUUGGCAAGCUGCAAUCGAUGCUGCUAGACAGGCCAAGGCCGCCCAGACCAUGAGCACCUCCGCACCCCCACCUGUAGGAUCUCUCUCCCAAAGAAAACGGCAGCAAUACGCCAAGAGCAAAAAACAGGGUAACUUGUCCAACAGCCGACCUGCCCGUGCCCUCUUCUGCUUAUCGCUCAAUAACCCCAUCCGAAGAGCCUGCAUUAGUGUAGUGGAAUGGAAACCAUUUGACAUAUUUAUAUUAUUGGCUAUUUUUGCCAAUUGUGUGGCCUUAGCUAUUUACAUCCCAUUCCCUGAAGAUGAUUCUAAUUCAACAAAUCAUAACUUGGAAAAAGUAGAAUAUGCCUUCCUGAUUAUUUUUACAGUGGAGACAUUUCUGAAGAUUAUAGCGUAUGGAUUGUUGCUGCAUCCUAAUGCUUAUGUUAGGAAUGGAUGGAAUUUACUGGAUUUUGUUAUAGUAAUAGUAGGACUGUUUAGUGUAAUUUUGGAACAAUUAACCAAAGAAGCAGAAGGCGGGAACCACUCUGGUGGCAAAUCAGGAGGCUUUGAUGUUAAAGCCCUCCGCGCCUUCCGAGUGUUAAGGCCACUUCGACUUGUAUCAGGAGUGCCCAGUUUACAAGUUGUUCUGAACUCCAUUAUAAAAGCCAUGGUCCCCCUCCUUCACAUAGCCCUUUUGGUAUUAUUUGUAAUUAUCAUCUAUGCUAUUAUAGGAUUGGAACUUUUUAUUGGAAAAAUGCACAAAACAUGUUUUUUUGCUGACUCAGAUAUAGUAGCUGAAGAGGACCCAGCUCCAUGCGCGUUCUCAGGGAAUGGACGCCAGUGUACCGCCAAUGGCACGGAAUGUAGGAGUGGCUGGGUUGGCCCCAAUGGAGGCAUCACUAACUUUGAUAACUUUGCCUUUGCCAUGCUCACUGUGUUCCAGUGCAUCACCAUGGAGGGCUGGACAGACGUGCUCUACUGGGUAAAUGAUGCGAUAGGAUGGGAAUGGCCAUGGGUGUAUUUUGUUAGUCUGAUCAUCCUUGGCUCAUUUUUCGUCCUUAACCUGGUUCUUGGUGUCCUUAGUGGAGAAUUCUCCAAGGAAAGAGAGAAGGCUAAAGCGCGAGGAGAUUUCCAGAAGCUUCGGGAGAAGCAGCAGCUGGAAGAGGAUCUCAAGGGCUACCUGGACUGGAUCACCCAGGCAGAGGACAUAGAUCCUGAGAACGAGGAAGAGGGUGGAGAGGAAGGCAAACGGAACACUAGCAUGCCCACCAGUGAGACUGAAUCUGUGAACACAGAGAAUGUAAGUGGUGAAGGCGAGACCCAGGGAUGCUGUGGAAGUCUCUGGUGCUGGUGGAAAAGAAGAGGCGCGGCCAAGACUGGGCCCUCUGGGUGUCGGCGGUGGGGCCAAGCCAUCUCGAAAUCCAAACUCAGCCGCCGCUGGCGUCGAUGGAACCGGUUCAGUCGCAGGAGGUGCCGGGCUGCCGUGAAGUCUGUCUCGUUUUACUGGCUGGUGAUCGUCCUGGUGUUUCUCAACACCCUGACUAUUUCCUCUGAGCACUACAACCAGCCAGACUGGCUGACACAGAUCCAAGAUAUUGCGAACAAAGUCCUGUUGGCCCUGUUCACCUGUGAGAUGCUGGUGAAGAUGUACAGCCUGGGCCUCCAGGCAUACUUUGUCUCCCUCUUCAACCGCUUUGAUUGCUUUGUGGUGUGUGGGGGAAUCACCGAAACCAUCCUGGUGGAGCUGGAGCUCAUGUCUCCCCUCGGGGUCUCUGUGUUCCGGUGUGUACGCCUCCUGAGGAUCUUUAAAGUGACCAGGCACUGGACUUCCCUGAGCAACUUGGUGGCAUCCCUGUUAAACUCCAUGAAGUCCAUUGCUUCGCUGCUGUUGCUGCUUUUCCUCUUCAUCAUCAUCUUCUCCCUGCUGGGGAUGCAGCUGUUUGGUGGGAAGUUUAAUUUUGAUGAAACCCAAACCAAGCGAAGCACCUUUGACAACUUUCCACAAGCACUCCUGACCGUGUUCCAGAUCCUGACAGGUGAAGACUGGAACGCGGUGAUGUAUGACGGCAUCAUGGCCUAUGGGGGCCCCUCGUCGUCCGGAAUGAUUGUCUGCAUCUACUUCAUCAUCCUUUUCAUCUGUGGCAACUAUAUCCUACUGAACGUCUUCUUGGCCAUUGCUGUAGACAAUUUAGCUGAUGCUGAAAGUCUGAACACGGCUCAGAAAGAGGAAGCUGAAGAAAAGGAAAGGAAAAAAAUUGCCAGAAAAGAAAGCCUAGAAAACAAAAAGAACAACAAACCAGAAGUCAACCAGAUAGCCAACAGUGACAACAAGGUUACAAUCGAUGAUUAUCAGGAAGAGGCUGAGGAUAAGGACCCUUACCCACCCUGUGAUGUACCAGUAGGUGAAGAGGAAGAGGAGGAGGAGGAGGAGGAGCCUGAGGUUCCUGCUGGCCCCCGUCCUCGAAGAAUCUCAGAGUUGAACAUGAAGGAAAAAAUUGCACCCAUCCCCGAAGGAAGUGCUUUCUUCAUUCUUAGCAAGACCAACCCCAUCCGUGUGGGCUGCCACAAGCUCAUUAACCACCACAUCUUCACCAACCUUAUCCUGGUCUUCAUCAUGCUGAGCAGCGCUGCCCUUGCUGCUGAGGAUCCCAUUCGCAGCCAUUCCUUCCGGAACACUAUACUGGGUUACUUUGACUAUGCUUUCACAGCCAUCUUUACGGUUGAAAUCCUGUUAAAGAUGACAACUUUUGGAGCUUUCCUGCACAAAGGAGCUUUCUGCAGGAACUACUUCAAUUUGCUGGACAUGCUGGUUGUUGGGGUGUCUCUGGUGUCAUUUGGGAUUCAAUCCAGCGCCAUCUCCGUUGUGAAGAUUCUCAGGGUUCUAAGGGUCUUGAGGCCUCUCAGAGCAAUCAACAGAGCAAAAGGACUUAAGCACGUGGUCCAGUGUGUCUUCGUGGCGAUCCGAACCAUCGGCAACAUCAUGAUCGUCACCACCCUGCUGCAGUUCAUGUUUGCGUGCAUUGGGGUGCAGCUGUUCAAGGGGAAGUUCUAUCGAUGCACAGAUGAAGCCAAAAGUAACCCCGAGGAAUGCAGGGGGCUUUUCAUUCUUUAUAAGGAUGGCGAUGUCGACAGUCCCGUGGUCCGUGAGAGGAUCUGGCAAAACAGUGAUUUCAAUUUUGACAAUGUCCUUUCGGCUAUGAUGGCACUCUUCACGGUCUCAACUUUUGAAGGCUGGCCCGCGUUGCUGUAUAAAGCUAUUGACUCAAAUGGAGAGAAUGUUGGUCCCGUCUACAACUACCGUGUGGAGAUCUCUAUCUUCUUCAUCAUUUACAUCAUCAUCGUUGCCUUCUUCAUGAUGAAUAUCUUUGUGGGCUUCGUCAUUGUCACCUUUCAGGAACAGGGAGAAAAAGAGUAUAAGAACUGUGAGCUGGACAAAAAUCAGCGUCAGUGUGUUGAAUAUGCCUUGAAAGCACGCCCCUUACGGAGAUACAUCCCCAAAAACCCAUAUCAGUACAAGUUCUGGUACGUGGUGAACUCCUCACCUUUCGAAUACAUGAUGUUCGUCCUCAUCAUGCUCAACACGCUCUGCCUGGCGAUGCAGCACUAUGAGCAGUCAAAGAUGUUCAAUGAUGCUAUGGACAUUCUAAACAUGGUCUUCACGGGGGUGUUCACUGUUGAGAUGGUUUUGAAAGUCAUCGCAUUUAAGCCCAAGCACUAUUUCACUGAUGCAUGGAACACUUUUGAUGCCCUAAUUGUUGUUGGUAGCGUCGUUGAUAUUGCUAUAACUGAAGUGAAUAACUCUGAAGAGAGCAAUAGAAUCUCCAUCACCUUUUUCCGUCUUUUCCGAGUGAUGCGAUUGGUGAAGCUUCUCAGCAGGGGGGAAGGCAUCCGGACACUGCUGUGGACUUUCAUUAAGUCCUUUCAGGCACUCCCAUAUGUCGCCCUCCUCAUCGCCAUGCUCUUCUUCAUCUAUGCAGUCAUCGGUAUGCAGAUGUUUGGGAAAGUUGCCAUGAGAGACAAUAACCAGAUCAAUAGGAACAACAACUUCCAGACGUUUCCCCAGGCUGUGCUGCUGCUCUUCAGAUGUGCGACAGGGGAAGCCUGGCAGGAAAUCAUGCUUGCCUGCCUCCCGGGGAAGCUGUGUGACCCGGACUCAGAUUACAACCCGGGAGAGGAAUACUCUUGCGGGAGCAACUUUGCCAUUGUAUAUUUCAUCAGCUUUUACAUGCUCUGCGCAUUCCUGAUCAUCAACCUCUUUGUGGCCGUUAUCAUGGACAAUUUUGACUAUCUGACUCGGGACUGGUCUAUUCUGGGGCCUCACCACUUGGAUGAAUUCAAGAGGAUAUGGUCAGAAUACGACCCUGAAGCAAAGGGAAGGAUAAAGCACCUUGACGUGGUCACUCUGCUCCGACGAAUCCAGCCUCCCCUGGGGUUUGGAAAGUUAUGUCCACACCGAGUAGCAUGUAAGAGGUUAGUUGCCAUGAACAUGCCUCUCAACAGCGAUGGGACCGUCAUGUUCAAUGCAACGCUGUUUGCUUUGGUCCGGACGGCACUCAAGAUCAAGACUGAAGGGAACCUGGAACAAGCUAAUGAAGAACUCCGAGCUGUGAUAAAGAAGAUCUGGAAGAAGACAAGCAUGAAGCUGCUUGACCAAGUUGUGCCUCCAGCUGGUGAUGAUGAGGUAACCGUGGGGAAGUUCUAUGCCACUUUCCUGAUACAGGACUACUUUAGGAAAUUCAAGAAACGGAAAGAGCAAGGCCUGGUGGGGAAGUACCCUUCGAAGAACACAACGAUUGCCCUGCAGAUGCUUGAACGGAUGCUUUAGAGUUCUCUGCCUGAGCUACCGCACCAAGCUGCUUAGUCCGAAGGCACUUGUGGCUAAGGCCUUGAAAGGGCAAACUCACUCGGGCUUAUUUCUACUGACGCAGCAUUUCAGGAGAAAUGCAGGCAAGAGCAAUCCCAAAGCCCCGGGGAGACCCCUUCCGAGCAAGGCACUCCUCCGGAAGGCAGAAGCGGGGCUGUGGCUCGUCUGUGGAGCCAUGGCUGCCUGUUGCGGACACUGCUCAUGGUGGCUCCUUUUCAUGAAAGGGAACGUAUGAGUUACGGUUCUCCAUUCCAAGCCAGAGACUCAGUGAAAGGGACAGAGUGAGAGAGAGAGAGAGAGAGAGCAAGAGAGAGAGAGAGCAAAGGAGAAGGGCAGCUGUCCCACUGAGAAAUAAAAUGAACACAACUUGCUGAUGCUGGCCAGUAAAAAAUUUAAAAAAUAAAUUAAAUGUUAUAUAUAUACAGAGAUGUGUAUAUAUAUAUAAUAAAAAGAUUAAGCAGACCUGCCUAUGGUGGGCAGCUGACUCUGUCCCAAAGUCCUGCAUCCCUAGUUUGCCCGAACUCCCAAAGACUGGCAGGCCGAUUGGAACUGAGCAGACAGAGUUUUUUUUCUAUGCCCGUACGUCAUGACCUCCUGACCGCCUGGCCCUGCUUGCUGCAGUGGCCCAGUCCAGAAUGCACUAAUAAGUGGAAGGCCAGGAAGCUCAGACACACCCAUUGAAACUAACACAUACACCCGCAUGCCAAAACCAACCAGGCAACACCUCAGGUUCCAUCUUUCCGUGUCUGCGGGAAAUGCCACCACACCCAAACCUCAUCUAACAUUGUCCGUCUGUAACUUGCGCUCAGAGCCAGUCUGGGAUGCCUCUUUGGAAACAGUAUGGUCUGGUUUCAAGGACACUGGGAGUCAGGGAACCUGGGUUCUAGUCCCAGCUCCAGCAUUCACUUGCUGCGUGACCUUGGGCAAGACACUUAACCUCUCUGUGCCUCAGUUUCCCCAACUGUAAAAUGGGGGUAAUAAUGUCGACCUACCUCACAGGGCUGUUGUGAGGAAUGGCUAAGUGACUGUAAAGCUCCUUGGACGUGUAAUUGCUUAUUAUUAAGAGUACUACAAUAAUAAUAUCAUAUGCCUGUUUACCACCAGAACUUUAUGAAAUUCUCGCUUUGGUUUGAUCUCUUUUCUGUUCUGUACUGUAGUUAUCCACCAAGAAUCCUCCCCUUUUUAAAGAUACUAGGAAAUGUGUAAAGAUGCAAAUGGAUAACCUGUCAGGCCAUAUUUCCACAUAGUUAAUAACAACAGAUUUUUGCCCAAAAUGUUGGUUGAUGAGAGCUUUGCCCUCAAAUUUGAAACUCAUCCCCAGAGGGGGUCAAGUCUGUACCUCUGAUAUUAGUCUAAGAUACCCAAAGUGGUCAAGGAGGAUCAGUAUUCAAAGAGCAAAGGUUUCCAAUUCAUUGGUCUCCACUUGGAGUGCAGAGCCUGGAGUGGUGUGUGUCUGUGUCUGCGUGUACAUGAGUGGGUGGGGUGGGGUGGAUAAUGAGGUGAGGUGAAAAGGUGAGGAAAAGGGAGCUGGGACUCUGUGCAGCCCCGUUCUGGCUGAAAGAGGUGCUCCUCCAAGCAUUGUCGGUAUGCAGCUCUCCUGAAAGCCAGGUUGAGAUGGGAAGGGCCCCCAGUGGGCAGCAUGCUUCCUUCAGACCUUUCCCAGGGAAACCAAGAGGGGCUUCCUUUAGUGACAUCUUGUGCCUAUGACAUUUGCUCUUGACCACAGAGGUUCCCUGACAUGUGGCUCGACUUUCCUACAUCAUGGUGGACUUCCUGGCCUCACUAUGGAGACAGGUCAAGCUGAGGCCCAUGCAUGGAUGAUAGUGAGACUGGGAGCUCAUGUGGCUUUUAUUCAUUCUCAUAGCUUAAAGGCCCCCAUGGGUGGUGGUGUGGGAAUGGAAGAGAGCCAAGCCAUACACCCUGCUAUGCCUGGCCCCUUGGGAAAGGUCAAAGGUCUGAUAGUAAUGUGGUACCCACAGCUGUUGCCUCAAGCAUUCAAGUCUCUCAGCCAGGAGCCUGGCCCCUCUCCCACAUUUCCCCAUGCUCCAGCAACCACAGGGCUAAAUGUUUAUUCCACAUCUCUGGGAUCACCUCUCUGAUGACUGGGCGGUGUCUGGGUGAGACACUGUAUCAGAAUCCACAGAGAACUGAUAUAUCACCCCUGAGAGGGAAACUGGCCAGCCUUGCAGAACAUGGGUUGAAAAAAGAUUGUGUAUUAGGCAAGCAGCUCCCCUGGCCCACCCCUCCCACCCUGGCCUUGGUAUCACUUCUGUUUCUAGAUCCUCAUGUAGUUCUAGAGGGUAAGGUUGUACCUGCAUUUCUCCAUAUAUCACCUAAACCCAUAGAAGCUGGAAAAUGUUAACUUGCUUACAAGCCUGGUUUAAAGAAUCCCUGGGAAUGACAUUCCUAUGGGCCUGGCUGUGUUGCUAAGAACAGAGUCGGUUGGUCAGCAGCCAAGGCUACUUUAGGGAAGCCAGCCAACAACAGAGAGGGCUGCCCUCAGGUUCCACACACAGGGAGCCAGGCUUCCUGACAUUCAGGUCAAACUGCAGAAGCCACUGUCAUUUUCCUCAGAGCCAUGGCAGAAGAGUAAGCAUUCAGCAGAGAGGAAGAUUUAAGAGCCUAGUCAGUCUUUAUGUUCAAAAUCUUUCAAAACAAGUGCAGCAAACCUGGUACCCAGUGCCUGAAUCCAUGGUGCUAAACUUUUAGCAUCUGUCACAGGGAAGCAAAGGUAGGGUGGGAAGUAGGGUCUUCUUAGAAUCAAAUGUCAUGGUAUGUCCCUGUUCAGAAUUAGUCCACAGGAUGACUAGCACAGUUUUCUGGAAGAGGGAGGUUGGUCUAUACUGAGAGGAGUCACCAUUGUGUCCCAAAGUCCUUAAUGAAAAAGUUAAGGCAAAUGAUCUAACAGUAAAACUCUUAUUAUGAUCGCAUGUGAUUUAGUAAUAUGCACCCAGUAACCCUCAGUAGCCUAAUGUAUAGCUGCUCCAUUAUCUACAGGAAAGAGCUUGGUAAGUGAAACUUAGGGUUUCCAGGUGAGUGGGUGCCUGGGUGAACUUGCUCUCCUUGGUUACGUUGUAGGUCUGAGAAAGUUGACUCUUUGGGAUAAUGAAACAUCCUGGAAACAACCUAUGAUGGAGUGUUGAAGGCAGCCAGACAUGGCAGAUCCUGCCUGUUGUACUGAAACUUGAGAGGAAGAGGCAAAGGCUGGCUUAGAGAAGCCACAUAACAGACAGAGGUGGAGAAAAGUAGCAGGAUCACAGGAGCAGAAAGCUAAGACUGAGGCCACAGCAGUGUCACUUGUUGGAGGAUGGAUUGGUUCAGCAGUUCUCAAACAUUUGAUCCUAGAAUCUUUCUAUUCUUAAAAUUUAUCAAGAACCCUUGUAUAUCAGUAUUUCCUGUCUUAUAAAUCAAAGCUGAUUAAUUUUAUAAACACAGAAUAUGUAAGCACAAAGAUGCUGGGUGGUGGUGACAUCACCAUGUCGCUCAGCCUUGGGAAACCUCACUGCACACUCAUGAGAGAGUAAGAGUACACAAGGCCAAGGACAUCCAUUGUUACACAAAUCACAGUGACCUCAUGGACCCCUGAAGGAGUCUCAGGAUGCCUUGAGGUCUACAAACUACACCUUGAAACACAUUGCUCUGAGGUGAUGACCCAAAGUUCCCUUUAAAGGCAGAAGAUGCUGGAGCCUCAUGACCAUCUGUGCUCAAGAGACUUCUGCAUAGCUGCAGCACUUCUCACUGGAAUGCUUCUGCUCCUCUGCCCAUGUAGCCCACACGUCCUUCUAACUUAGGCCAAGGGUCAAGCGAUAUGGUCACACCUCACUACAUGUGCUGAUCUGGAAGAGCAGUUGUUAAAAUUAGUGUUAGAAAUAUGUUCAAAAUCUCCACCACCUCUGGGUAGCACAAGUGAGAAUGAGAGUGUGUGUGCGAUCAAGGUGGAAGGGCUCAGUGCACGAGGCCCCUGGAUUAGUCCCCGGCCAAAAAAUAAAAAUAAACAAUAAAGUGGAUCUGCAACAGACAGGAAGUCUCUCUGGUCCUUUUCAGGGGGAGAGAGUCAGAGGAGACGUAGGUAAAGGUUUUAAAUCUCCUCCUUAGCUUUCAGAAUGCAGCGGCACAUAUGAUUUGUACAGCCCAGGGCCGCCCCUCAGUAACUCAUGGUCUGAAGUUACCUCAGACUACUCAAGGAGAGGAGUGUUCUCUAUAAAUGAGUAACACGGUGUCGUGCCCAUGAUCCUAACCUUUAUAUCUAACACAAGCUGCUCAUAAUGGACACAAAGGCCACCCCAUGAUAUUUCCCUGAAGGAAAGUGACGGGAUAAUAGGGGGUGUGUCCAAGUGUGCAGAGGAGGCAGAGGACAGCGUGUAGAGAAGCACGUUCAUUCUAUUAGAAUUUAAUCUCCAGCCCUGUCUUCUAAUAGAGCUAAUCUAAAACUGUCCCCUGUAAUUAAGUAUGGGCCAAUCCCUGUGUGCCCCCAAGAAAAUGAACCAAUUAAUCAAUAGUGAGGUGACUGCGUAGAGCCGGCUUGGGCUGAAUGAGGCGUGUCUGGGUUGAGCAGCAGGCUCUGCCAGGGUAAACGUUCUUUGGCAGGAGCCUGAAGCCCUGGCACCCACACUGUGAAGAUGGAGGGUCCCUCCCAGGGCCGCCUGGAGGCUUGCCUUUCUCUCCUUCACUGCUACAGCGUAGGUCUGGGUGGGUCUCUGGGUGUCUGUGUAUGAAUGCUGUGGAGUGUGAGCUAGCAGAUGGCUGGCGUGUCACGGAGAGCAAACACCUUUCCAAUGCAUUCAGAUAUACUGCAUCACCCCUGAGAGGGAGCAAAGAAGGUAAACGGGCACUCCUGCUCCUCAGCAGAACGUUGUUUUAUGCUGUUGCUUCAGAGGUGUUUAGAGAUAAUUUAUUUUUGGUGACUUAAUCAUUAAGUAGCGUAAAUAUCUAUAAAAUUCCAAUUAAAUGGUGUCUAAAACUUAAAGGAGCAAUCUACAGGCAAAGCGCCAACAUUUCUUUUUUAAACAAAUAUUUAUGAUAAUAGCUAGCAUUUUAAAGUCAAACAGAAACUAGGCUUGAUCCUGUUUAAUAUUUUGUAAGAUUGGACAUCUUAAAACACGUCAAUAAUGUUUAUAUUUCAUAGCAACUCUGUGUUUAUUCAAAACCAUAACUCUACUGUGAUGUUAAUGGAAUGACUUUAUAAGGCUUUGUGUGGAUUUAACUGCUGACCACAUUUAAAAUUAAAACAAUAUUUUUGCUGAUAGAGAUAAUACUUACACAAAAUAUGAAAGACAAGAAAGUUUUACUUACUGUAAAGUUUUUUAAAAAGAAGUUGUUGAGAAUGACUAAUUUCUCUGAGGGUUUAAGGUAGUUGUCUGUAAUUCCGGAACUGGGUUCUGUGCCUAUGGGAUUUUGGAACAGCCUAAGCUACCUUUUAGGUUGAUAUGUGUGCUAGAACAAUUUUCAUUCUCAUGUUUUGUGAUAUGUAAUAAAUUCAGGGUGCUGUGCUUAAGCUUCAUUUCAAUUCUAGUUGGAAACCCAUGUGUUGGUCCCCUGCCCCCAGGCCCUACGCAAGAGAGCGAAGUCAGCCCACUCUUGCCAGGUGUGCUUUGCAAACUAGGAUCAUGAUUCCCAAACCCUCCACUUUCACAUCUGGGAAGAGUGAUGCCGUCUCUCCUCCUUUGGUGUCUCUUUAAGAAAUGUUUUGUCAUUAUUUGUUUUGGGAAGUGGUACGCCAAGCCACCUCUCAACCCUCUCCAUGAUUUAUGUUGCGAACAGAUCCUUCGUCCUGUGUCUGUUUACUGCCCAUUCAUGUCAACUGAAUCCUAAUCUUGUGUAACUCUGAAGAUGUGCUGGAGACAGUUUCUGUUUUCAUUAUGCAACUGUUAUAUGUGUAUUUCAGUGAAAUGUCAACUCAUCAACAGAGGAUGAUGUUAAAAAUUAUCCAAAUAAAUAGUUUUCUAUUUCUUUUAAUCACACCUAGUCCAGUCAGUUAAAUGGCAGCGAGACUGCUGUUUCAGCUGGGAAUGACGCUGGCCCCUAUGCCUCGCAAGUUAUGCAUUAAUGUAUACAGUUUACCUCGAGAGUGUCGAUCAUGGUGAAUACAACCCACAUUGAUUUUUGCGGCUACAACAGAGGUUUCAAGCCUAUGUCUUCUUGUGUGACCUUCAACUAUGUAACAGACCUCUCCCCCAAAUUCAGACAAGGGGACUUCCACCACGGUUAUUGUGUCUUGAUAAUUGCACCCUAGAAAACGGAAUAAGUGGGUAUGGCCUUUCUUCACAUGGCUGCAGUUGUGCUCACUGAGCACUUCCUACCAGGACAACACUGGAGUUGUCUUCGUGGUAUUUCUGAGGCCUAGAGGUGGGUCUGUUAGAGACCUAGAAAGUAUGCUGGACUUUGGAAUCUUAACAGAGGGUGUGUGUGUGUGUGUGUGUGUGUGCCUGCCUGUGUGUGUAUGUAUGUGUGUGUGCGUGCACCUACCUGUGUGUGCCUGUGUGUGUAUUCGUGUAUGCGUAUGUACAUGCGUGCCUGCCUGUAUAUGUGUGUGUGUGCGAGUACGUGCGUGUGUGUGUGUGUGCGAGUACGUGCGUGUGU